GUAGCGUAGUUCCCUCCUUGACACUAAAUCUGUCUUAAUUGUCAUAACUGAGGACAUAGCGUGAUGUUGAGAUUUUGUUGCUUCUUUCUUGUAAUGUUGUGUUGCAAAAAAAAUAAUGUGCAAUUUGCUGAUCUGAUUACUUUUUAUGCUCCUUUCACAGGAAGGCAUCAUGACUUCCCGCCAAAAGUCAAGCAUGAGCAGUCGCAGGAUAGUCUCGUUAACCUUUCAUCAAGUCCUUCUAUUUCUCUAUCAACGGCCGAGGGUGACAGCUCGCAGGAAGGACACUUCCACCGCUGUCACUUCUGUGACUAUGAGACUCGUAGCCUGCUUCAUCUGGAAACACACACCAGGGUCCAUACUGGCGAGCGUCCAUUUGAAUGCCAUUUGUGCCCUCAGAGAUUCUCGCAUAGGAGCAAGCUGAACGCACAUCUGCGCACCCACACGGGCGAGAAGCCAUUUCAGUGUCCCUCGUGCCCUCAGAAGUUUGUACAUAGUGGCGACCUGAGCAGGCACCUGCGCAUCCACACGGGUGAGCGGCCGUUUCAAUGCCCGUCGUGCCCUCGGAGAUUCGCGCGAAAGGCCUUUCUGAAGGAACACAUGAGCCUCCACACGGGCGAGCGGCCAUUUCAAUGCCCCCUGUGCCCUCAGACCUUCUCGUACAAGUCGAGCGUGAGGCAACACCUGAGCGUCCAUACGGGUGACCGACCACACCGCUGCGCCAUCUGCUCCAAGUCCUUUGUGCGGGCUCACGACUUGAGCAGACAUAAGAAAAAAAUGCACCAGGAUGCUGUAGAGUCGUACACCUGCGCACCCACACAGGGCGAGAAGCCAUUUCAGUGUCCCUCGUGCCCUCAGAAGUUUGUACAUAGUGGCGACCUGAGCAGGCACCUGCGCAUCCACACGGGUGAGCGGCCGUUUCAAUGCCCGUCGUGCCCUCGGAGAUUCUCGCGAAAGGCCUUUCUGAAGGAACACAUGAGCCUCCACACGGGCGAGCGGCCAUUUCAAUGCCCCCUGUGCCCUCAGACCUUCUUGCACAAGUCCAGCGUGAAGCAACACCUGAGCGUCCAUACGGGUGACCGACCGCAUCGCUGCACCAUCUGCUCCAAGUCCUUUGUGCGGGCUGAACACUUGAAUAGACAUAAGAAAAGAGUGCACCAGGAUGCUGUAGAGUAGGCCUUCAGCCAUGCAGAACUAGAGUCUGAACUAGGGCCGGUAUUUUGUAGCGAUGCCUUUUCCUGAUGCUGAUGCCUUUCCAUGUGUUGGUUCGCUAGUGGACAAGUGACGCUCCACCCAGGGCGGAGCAUUGAACGUGCCCAAUCAUCAACGGUAAACGCACCGAAAGACAUUAGCAUCCGGAAAAGGCAUGGUUACAAUAUAGUGGCCUAGGAAUCUACAUACACAUGCAGCAUGAUGUGGGGUUUUCUGCUGCAUCAGGUAGAACAAGUGUCACCGUACACUCUUAAAUGCUGAACUGUGAAGUCACUUCACAGGAUUUUACAGAGUAAUCUAGGAAGUUGCAGGGUUAUUUGUAAUAUUAAGACUGUGGUCCGUUACAGUAACAAUGCUCGUGUGAUAUUGCUUCAUGUGAAGGCACAACAAAUAAUUGCUUAUCCAUCAGAUAUGCCUUCAAAAGACUUGAUGUGUGCAAUAAUAUAGGGUGUAUGCGCAAACGACAGCGAGUGGGCAGUGUGCCAUGUUGGUGCACUCCAUAGCGAGCAGAAGCACGUGCGUACUGCAGCAACUGCGCAUCGAAUAAAUGGUGUGAUGUGCCGUCGUGUGUUGCAGCUACUGCUCCAAAGUAGAAGAUAAGCUAAAGGCAAUGUAAUGGAAAUGUGCGCUGUUUUUUAGCAUUUUACUAGGUGUGCACAUGCCUGUUGAAUAAAAUAGGGAACUUUCUGAACAGUGACGACGCGAUGGAUCUCCCAUAACAACAUGCGCAGAUCAAUUUGCUGCGAAUCCUUGCAAACACAGGGCUUCUUCUUGGCCAAGAACAUUUUCUCGCUGGAAAAAAUAUUGGUGUCCCAUCCAACAACAGAACUACAAAAGUCUGCAGUUAGCGCCUUACAAAAUUUUGGAAGCAUUAAGAGGUUGCGGUAUAACAUGUUAUCCAUGAAUUAUGUUUUACAGAAAUAUCCCUGUGCUGUAGUUUAAGGUUUCUGCAGUCUCUCUUGACCUUUUUGCAACCUGCGGUGUGACCUUGUAGUCUAUAUUGUAGUGUAGACUGCUUCCUCGAAAUACGAGUGAACUGCAAGUUGCUGCUCUGUAAUAUUGACGUUACUUGCUGUGAAAACUCCGUGACUUGUGAUAUAUAGUGUGCUAAUUUGAACUUUAUGUGAACUAUGUGUUAGUGCGUUCCAAUUUCUAAUUUAUUAUUCUGUCUUGUUUGUUGGAGCCGGCCUAUCAUUGCUCUAUACUGUUUGCCUUAGAUAUGGGUAGCAGGCAGAACCCAAUAGCCAUCAUCACUAAAGACAUUAUCCGUCUCUGCGGUGCAGCCAAAAGGAUAGAGAUGGAUAACAUUUUGUAUAGUGUCGGUGCCAUAAAGCUCCACUUUCCAGUUUGAUCAUUUCAUGGUGCUCACUGCUGCCCCUUUCAGAAUUCUUGCGCAAGUGGAUGUGUGUGCGUUCUUUUUUUCUCUUGACCUCUCGACCUACCAUCAAAAUUUAUCUCACCAGCACAUGUAUUGUCGUGACUGCGCGCACACAGUGGGUGGGCUAUAUGGUGUGAAUAAAGUAUGAUGGCAGUGCAUGUUUGAUUAAGAGACAUUCCCCAAUCUAACAGUCUGGUGUAAUGCAGCACCCAACAGUUUCUGCAGUUUACGCCACAGGACCCAAAUGCAAAGUAUCAGAACUUUUUGCUAAAUACUGUAUAUAUAUGAACUAGAAGAAAGGGAACCGAGGGGCUGUGUUUUUGUACGUCACAGCCACAUAAAGCCAACAGACAAUGAAAACGAAAACGUGU